GAAGGACAAAAAUGUCCACAGAAAUCAGCGGGACCUGCUGCCGCUCCGCUGACCGGCUCACCUUGAUUCCUCGCCGCUGGCGUCGCCGGAACCGAUUCGACCAUGCCCAGCCAAAAAGAUGUAGAGGGAGAGGGAGGAGAUACGGCUCAGGGGGGCGACGAAAUGGUUCGACGAAUCCGAGGGCUUCGAUCGGCUUCAUCACCCCCGACGACGGCGGACGGCCUCUUGCCGACGGCCAGCAGGUCGGUCGAGUUCGCCGUCGCCCAAGGCGCCAAAGGCCCUUCCGCGGCGGCCGUCGACGUUACCUCCUUCCGACCUGCCUCGAAUUGGAACCCAAACCAUCAGGUAAUUGGAGUAUAUUCAGUAAAAAAAGGAGAUAAUGUUGCUGGGGUAUAUAUGUGCAAUUCGAUCAGCACCCGGCCAUUAGUUCUUCUUCCUCCAUUUCCUGCAGGGCUAUGGUGUAAACCAACUCGCGUUGACCCUCCGACCCAAGUGGAUUUCCAGGUUAAUUAGUUUCUGUGUUGCUAGAUUGAUGGGACGUCAAAAGAUCAAGCUUGUAUUGUCCUAGCAGGAUAUAGAGAAUACUGCUAUAUACCAUGGAGAGCACAAGCAACACAACAAGGGAGUUUACACUCAGGUUUUUACAAGACAUUACAAACAAUUUUUCCCAGGAGCACAUAAUUGGUUCUGGUGGAUACGGAGUAGUUUACAGGGGAGUACUGGAAAACGGGGACGAGAUUGCAAUCAAGAAGCUUCACAACAUGCCGGGGCUUGACGACACGCAAUUCAGGAAUGAGUUUAAUAACCUUAUGAGGGCCCAACACCAAAAUAUUACCCGGUUAGUUGGCUACUGCUAUCAUCAAGGACAUGAACGUAUGAAGUACAAUGGUGAAUAUAUUUUUGCUCAUGUGGAGGAAAGAGCUCUCUGCUUCGAAUACCUGCAGGGUGGAAGCCUUGACAAGUAUAUUUCUGAUGAAUCCCGCGGACUCGAUUGGUGCACGCGUUAUAAGAUUAUUAAGGGAGUCUGCGAAGGUUUAAAUUACCUUCACAAUGGAUACAAAGAUCCUAUUUAUCAUAUGGACUUAAAACCAGCAAAUAUAUUGUUGGAUAAGGACAUGACGCCGAAAAUUGGAGAUUUUGGUUUAUCAAGACUCUUUCCUUCAGCAAAUACCUUCACCACGAUAAAAAUUAUAGGAACUCCCGGAUACAUGCCACCAGAAUACAUCGAGAAACACGAAAUCACACCCAAGUUUGAUGUAUUCAGUUUGGGUGUUAUAAUCAUAAGAGUAGUAGCAGGAGAUGAAGGCUUUUCCAAAAGUGCAAAUAUGUCUUCCCAAAAAUUUGUUCGGCAUGUACAUGAAAACUGGCGCAAAAGAUUUCAUGAGACAAUGUCAUCGCAUACAUCACAGGAAGUUAUGACUUGCAUUGAAAUAGCGUUAAGAUGUGUGGAGGCUGACCGGGUGAGAAGACCUACCAUAAGUGAUAUUGUCAUUGAACUGAAUAAGAUUCAUACUGUCAAAAGUUUACGCCAGAUCGUUAGCUUACGAAGCAAGCAGGCCUUCAGCCAGUACUCGAGCUCAAUCACAAGUCCUCUUGAAAUGGUGCCUCCAAACAUGGUUCGUUCAGCUUAUCCAUUGGGGGGACGGAGGUUCAGUUACAAGGAACUCAAGCGCAUCACAAAUAACUUCAACACUGUAAUCGGAAGGUGUGGUUUUGGCUUUUCCUAUGUUGGACGUUUGGAAGAUGGUACUUGUGUUACUGUGAAGAUCCACUCAGAGACAUCUUCACAAGGGGAUACCGAGUUUUUGGCUGAGACUCAACACCUUGCCAGGGUUCAUCACAGGAACUUGGUCUCCUUAAUUGGUUACUGCAAGGAUAAUAAACGUCUAAGCCUGUUCGGGAAAAAAAGGAAACAACUAAGUGUUGUCUAUGAGUACAUGGAUGGGGGAAACCUACACGACCGGCUAACAGGUAAAGAACCCCUUAGUUGGCUGCAACGGCUUGGGAUCGCGUUGGACUCUGCCUAUGGACUGGAGUACCUGCAUAAAUCUUGCAGCCCGCCAUUGAUCCACAGAGAUGUGAAGGCUGUGAACAUCCUUCUUACCAGAAAUCUCGAAGCGAAGUUAUCAGGCUUCGGGCUGACAAAGGCUUUUAGCAGUGACGAGACAAGCAUAACCACCCAAGUUGCUGGUACCAUCGGAUACCUAGACCCAGAGUACUUCGAAACCUCCCGUGUAAGCGAGAAGACCGACGUGUACAGUUUUGGUGUCGUUCUCCUGAUACUCAUCACGGGCCAGCCAGCAAUCAUCACCAUCAACGACUCUGAGAGAAGCACCAUCACGCUCUGGGUGCGAAACAGGCUCUCCAAGGGUGGUAUCGAGAAUGUGAUUGACCCCACGAUACAAGGGGACUGUGACGUCGACUCAGUGUGGAAGAUGGCGAAGCUGGCCCUGCGGUGCACGGAGAAUGUGGGGCUGGACCGGCCGACGAUGACAGAGGUCGUGGAGAGGAUCAACGAGAGCUUACUUCUUGCCCGCCGGCAGGCUGAAAGUCCUGAGUAUGAUUCAACGAGUAACUAGCUCAGCGUCCUGUGCAUUGCAGUGGAAUAGCAAACGAUAUAUAUGACCGAAGGAAAAUGACGUUUAUGAACUUGUGUUUAAGCGUGGUUUUCAACCAUUUCGUAGCAAACAUACAGCCUAUUUUGCCGUUGUCUUCAUUUCGAUUGGUCAGUAAUCAGACUCUUGAAUUUCCAUCUGAUGGGCUAAAAUGACCCAAACCUUAUCUUCGUCU